AUGGCGUUUAAUCACAAUUAUCAAGUAGAAUAUCCCAAGCGGAUUUCGUUGAAUAACAGUCCCAUACAAGAGAGUAGUUCGAUACUAUCAGAUUCGCAAUCACUGUGGGUGUUGUUUAGUCCAUCGUUGCAGGCCCCUAUUGCAAAUGAAUCGGAUAUUCUCUCGCUCACCAAUAACACACAUACUGACACGGAUGCUGACUCUUUAGAAAGGUCUAUUUCAGUCUUACAGGAGACCCAGGAAGAAUCUUUUUCUUCAAAUGAAUGGUCGCGGCUGGACAUGGAGCAGCAAGGUGCCAAUUCUGAGACGACCGAACGACGUAGGACGGGCCUGCAGUCUGAAAGUGACUCAUUGAUAGACCACCUUGCGGGUAGUGAACUGGGAGGAAUCAGGGGCCGGAUUGGAGGUGCUGGCCAUCCAGCAGCCGUGACGAGAGAUCGCCAAAGUCGCUUAUUUGAAACCCCGGGAUCGGAGUUGCACAGGCGCAUUAACAAGUGGCGAAAUAAUAACCUAGACGAAAUGGUCGACGAUAAUACGGCUUCGUGGGACUUGGAUGAGGACCUUAGUCUGCAGUUAGGUCCCGCGGACACCGAAUGCACGAAAAGACCGUUUUACGGCGACGACGUGUUCGCUAAGUUAUCCGAGCAAGAGUACAUAAAUUUCAGGAACGUCGAGAAGAACUUGAAGCUGUCGCUCGAGGCUCUGAACAACCAGUCGUACUUGCCAUAUAUAAUCAACCAUAUAUUGUACAAGCUUGCGCAUUCGUCGACAAAUGCAGUGGAGCAACCAUCGUUUGGAACGCUAAAAACAGAGCUCCAGAAAUAUUCAUCCUUGCUCAAGGAGACCAACACCCAAUCUUUCUUGGACUCUAUUAUCGAAACUCACAUGAGGAACUCCCAUAUGAUGCACGUAGCUAACACGAAGCGUCCAAUUUCAGACACCACUUCUGCGUCCUCAUUGAUCCUUUGCGGUGGCUCUUGGAACGAAUUGUGA